AUUUUUUUUAUUUUUUUCUUUUGAUUCUUUCCUAUUAAACUUACGCGUAAAAGGCAUUAUGGAUAAAUCAAAAGAAGACACUGAUGCCAUACAAGAAACUUUAAACAAAGAAGAAUUAGAAAAUAAAAUUAAUGAGCUUCAAACAGCCCUCGAAAAUAAGUCAUCAACGAUUCAGGCGUUAGAAUCCCGCCUCGAAAGUUUAUCAGAGGAUAAUUCAAAUUUGAGCUCAACAAAAACUAAUCUUGAAAAAGACAAGUCAAGCUUAGAAGAAAGAAUUAGACAGUUAUCCGAUUCUGAAAAUGAGCUUAGAAAGAUUAAUGAAAUUAUCAACCAAAGGCUUGAUGAAAAGAGAGAUCAGUGGCAAAAGGCUGCUUCAGAGGCAAGUCGCUUACAAACUGAGGAAUUCAAGAGAAAUCUUGAAAUUGAGCGCAUGAAAAAUGAAGUCUCUACUUUGACUGUAAGAGAAUUAUAAAAUCUCAAUUGAAUUUAUACUUAUAUAGUUUUCUUUAAAAAAAAAUAGUUGUCAAAACAACAAUACGAGUUUAAUUUAAAUCUGAUUACGAAAGAACGUGAUACCCUCAUAAUUGAAUUAAGGAAUCUUAAAAAAGCAGCAAAUAAUUUACGUAAUGAAACUACGCACGACGUUAAUUUGCUUAAAAAAGAGUUG